AUGCUUCCUUUGACAGCCGAAACGCAGCUUGGCAAGCAAAGCAUUUUGGAAUUCCGGACGCUGCACAUCGGUGGCUACUUGCACGCCGGGGAGGAAAUCCCACACUUCGUUGGUCAGGUGCAGCAAAUCUGGUUCAACGGCUACCCAUACCUGGAAAUAGCACGGAGCUCCGGAAAUCAUCAGGCCUCUCAUCAAGGCGUAACGCCGAUCAUCAGGGUCACGGGAAAAUUCGGCAAGAGGAACCAUCCAGUCCAUUAUCCAGUGACUUACACGUCCAAGCACACGUUCGUCGGGUUACCUGUGCUGAAAGCGUACGUGGAAACGAACAUUUACUUCCAGUUCAAAACACGAGAGGCCAACGGCUUAAUUCUGUUCAACGCCGGUCGCGAACGCGACUUCAUCGCAGUGGAGCUGGUAAACGGGCACAUUCACUAUGUGUUCGACUUGGGUGACGGCCCGGUCAGGGUCAGGGACACAUCGAGGUCUAGGCUGAACGACGGAAAAUGGCACGCAGUGAGCAUCGGUAGGCCGGCACCUAAGAGGCACACGCUCGCUGUCGACGACCACGUGACAGCUGUCAAUAGCCAGGGCAGCAACGAGAAUCUCGACCUGGAUGGCAUCUUGUAUGUCGGUGGCGUGGAGAAAUCGCAAUACGGUCAGCUGCCAAAGCAAAUACUCAGCAGACACGGAUUCGAGGGAUGUCUCGCCUCGUUGGACCUGAGCGGCGAGAGUACCAACCUGAUUUCCGACGCCGUGGUGCCCAGCUCCCUGGUGGAACCCGGCUGCGACAUGUACGCGAACCUGUACCCCGGGAAAAAGUGCACGCACGACCUCUGCUCCAACCAUGGCACCUGCGUGCAACAAUGGAACAGUUACACGUGCGAUUGCGACAUGACCAGUUUCACUGGGCCGACGUGUAACGAAGAAGCUACGGCGUACGAAUUUGGAGCAGGAAGAGGAAUUAUCACGUACACCUUCCCGCCGAAUCAGAGACCGGAAAUGAAGAGAGACACAGUGGCGUUGGGCUUCGUAACAAGUGUGAACGACGCUGUGCUGCUCAGAAUUGAAUCUGCUUUAAGCAACGACUAUCUUGAAAUUGAAAUUGUGGAAGGAAACGUGCUCGCCGUUUACAACAUGGGCAUGAGCGAUCAUCCAGUCGGCGAGGUCGGCGUGAAAGUGAACGACAACCAAUACCACGUGAUAAGAUUCACCAGAAUAGGACCAAACAGCACGUUACAGAUCGACGACUACAACCUGCAGUCCAACCACCCAUCCGGUCACCAAUUGUCGGUGUUCAAUAGUCAAUCGACCAUUCAAAUUGGCGGUCGAUGGAAUCACAACAAAGGCAAAGUGGAGAAGCCAUUCUUAGGUAUAAUUGCCGGCCUCGUGGUGAAUGGAGCGCGAAUUUUGGAACUCGCUGCCGCGAAAGAUGGAAGAGUUACUACCAGAGGAGAUGUUCAAUUGUUACCUCCCGGAAGUCUUCUUGAUCGUGCAGCGCCAUUGCAGAGAAUGCAACAGACGCCAGCAUCCGGUUUCCCGGGCGUCAUGGACGACCUCAUAUUUUCUGGCGCCGGAAGUGGUUGCGCCGCCGACGAUGAGGACGUGGAAUGCACGCCGAUCUAUGAGCCUGGUUCCGACGACAUAAUAACGCCGGUGUACGUGGCGCCAACGAGAUCACCGACGACGUUCAGGCCGAAGAUAUCCAAGGAGAACAUUCAGGAACGGCCAUCCUGCGACGACGAGGAAGACUGCGAGGAGGGUUCCGGGGAACCCGUCACCACCGAGGAGAUCUUCGUCACGUCGGCCACUGACUCGAGCUCGGUGGCGUACACGACGGCCCGCGAGUACACGACCAGCCACAUCAGCACGCAAACGUCUCCAGGCUCGCCGUCGACAUCGACCCGGGACAUCGUCACCGUCUCCGUCCAGUACAAUGUGUCAACCACAGACAUCGAAACCAGCCACGCCAGUAGCGUUGUGACGCAAAGAUCGACCACCGUGACGACCCAAACGCCCACCACAGAGAUGACGGACCCACCACCACCACCACCGCCUCCGAUGUUCCCUCCGAUACCAACGCCACCAAAGAACAACAACAACAAGAGGAUAACAUCCGAGGCGGCAGAGAACGCGGCCCUAAUAAUAGGCAUCAUAGCCGCAGCGUUGAUCGCCAUCGUUCUGAUCAUUCUGAUCAUCCUCAAGUUCAAGAAUCGUCCGGAGAGCAGCUACAAGGUCGACGAGACGAAGACCUUCUGCCAGGACCCGAACGCCGCGUUGCUCGGCACAGCCGGCUCCGGUCAGCCCUUCAACGGGCCCCUAAAGAACGGAGCCAACGGCAGCAAAGCCAACAAGAAACGAGAACUGAUAGACAUCAAAGAGUGGUACGUGUAG